ACCAAUCUCCGUUCUUGCUUAGCUAGCCACUUAAUUUCUUUGAGAGUUUGAGUCUUUAACCAAGAACAUCGAUCACUACCUCUUCUUCUUUAGUUUCUAACUUAUCAUCAUCACAAUGCAUUACCAAACCGAGUCGUGGGGUUCUUACAUGGUUACAAGGAGCAGUUACAGUGAUCCACUGGAGCGCAUAGAGAGGAUGGCGUCAGAGAGCGCGGUGGUGAUAUUCAGCGUAAGCACCUGUUGCAUGUGUCACGCCAUCAAGAGGCUCUUCUGCGGCAUGGGGGUCAAUCCAACGGUGUACGAGCUUGACGAGGAUCCCAGAGGAGGCAAGGACUUGGAGAGGGCUCUGAUGAGGCUCAUGGGGACUUCCAACGCCGUGCCGGUGGUCUUCAUCGGUGGGAAGCUUGUCGGAACCAUGGACAGAGUCAUGGCCUCGCACAUUAAUGGCUCGCUCGUACCUCUUCUCAAACAGGCUGGGGCUCUCUGGCUCUGA